UUUUUUUAAACGUAAGAAAACACGAAACCAAACGCCUGUACAGGAGAGGAGAAAGAAAGGAGAGAGGAGAGAGAAUAGAGAGAGAGAGAGAGAAUGGGUGAGGUAGCUGAUACAAUGACGAAGAAGAAGAAGAAAGGGAGGCCAUCUCUUCUAGACCUUCAGAAGCGAGCUAUCAAACAGCAACAAUUACAACAGCAGCAGCACCACAGAAACAACCACGAUGACCCUAGAUCCGGUCCCCAAAACCCUAAUUCUCCCAACUCCGGCACCCGAUCCAAGCGCCGGAACCCUAAUCCCAACGGAGUCUCUUCUUCCGGUUCCCCCUGGAUCAAGGACGACGACGAGGAAGACGACGACGAGCGGCGGGAGAAGAAACACAGGCUCUUGCACGGAUUAAACUCCCACUCUCAUCGACAUUCUCCCAAUUCCCAAUCAGGCGGUUCCGAUCUGAACCUCGACGAGACUCCCGAGGCUUCCUUUAAUAGACGGAAGAUCGGUGGUGGCGGCGGCGGCGGAUCUGGAUUCGCGGGAGAAAAGGCUUCGAAAGCGACAGACAUUCUUCAAGGCUCUCCCGUGGAGUCUGGCCCCACUACUCCUUUGCCGGACAAAAAGUUGUUGGUGUUCAUCCUCGAUAGACUUCAAAAGAAAGAUACUUAUGGCGUUUACUCAGAUCCAGUUGAUCCUGAAGAGCUUCCUGAUUAUCAUGAGAUUAUCACGAAUCCUAUGGACUUUAGCACAGUGCGGAAGAAACUAGACUCUGGAGCAUAUGCCAGUUUAGAACAAUUUGAGGGAGAUGUGUUUUUAAUAUGUUCAAAUGCAAUGGAAUACAAUUCAUCAGACACUGUAUAUUAUCGACAGGCGAGGGCUAUACAAGAACUGGCUAAAAAGGACUUUGAGAAUUUAAGGCAAGACAGUGACGAUGAAGAACCACAAAGCCAACAAGAACAACAACAGCAGCAGCAGCAGCAGCCAAAAGUUGCCAGAAGAGGCCGUCCUCCCAAGAAACAGCCUGAACCAUCUUCCAUUGACCGUACUGCUUCUGAAAUUUCAGCUGAUGCGCUCAUUCCUGGAGGAGAUAGCUCUAAUAAGUUUUCUGGUGCUUAUAAUCUAAGAAAGACUCCUCCUUCAAACAAGUUCCGUCAAGCAGAAACAUCAGUUAGGAUCAAUCAUAACAGUGAAACCCAAAGUGGCUGGUCUGUUGAUUGGGAGAAUGAGUUUCCACCUUCGGUUGUGAAGGCGGUUAACAAGUAUGGGAUGAAACAUUUCAAUGUCGAUGAUAACAGACGCGAUACCUACAACCACCUAUCAACUUCUACACAGGAGCCUUCGGUUUUGACAACGCUUGAAGACGAGUUAAAACAGUUGAUUCCAGUUGGGCUGAACACUGAGUACGGUUACGCGAGGAGUCUAGCACGAUACGCUGCGAAUCUCGGUCCUGUUGCUUGGAAAAUUGCAUCAAAGAGAAUCGGAACCGCGUUGCCCCCUGGAGUUAAAUUUGGUCCAGGUUGGGUUGGAGACAACCCUUCAGGAACUGAAGAGGAUGAUUCUCAAAAACAAACCUUGCUGGGAAAGCAAAAGUGUUCUAAUGACUUGGCGUCUGAUGAUCAUUCGAACAGAAUCCUUUCGCCAGCCGCUUCAGUCUCGAGCGCUUUCAUAGGAAACAGACAUUCUUCUUCUGCUCAAGGAAUCGAAGAGACUGCACCUUCUCGUGUCUUGGUUUCUGAGUUCCCAUCAUCGUCCUCCUCUCGACAGGCAGGACCGCUGAUCAAACCUGAGAGCAGCAACCGCGGCUUCAGUGGAUUCAGCCAUAGCCCAAGUCCGAUGAUUGGAGUCACGAGUCAGCAACAACCAAACUCAACCACCGAGGCCGUACCGGGCUCGCAACAGCAAGGGUUGUUGUUUCCUUAUAACAAACAGGAGUUCCACCGGUUUCCACCGGAUCUUAACGCUAGGAUUGUAUCGCCAAACUCUCCCGGGGCCAACCAGCAGACUAGUUCGUCCUCGUCGCAGCAUCCUGAUCUGGCAUUACAGCUAUGAGAAGAUGAAUGGAUCUGUUUGGAAGACCAAGGAUGAGAAAAAGAAAGAGGCACUUUCCAAAGGCUAUCUCAGCCAAUGUAUUUUCAGGGAUGAAAAUCACUUGUGGGAAAGGUCAUGGCCUUUUUGUUGUGGCAUGAAAAUAUAAGGGACAAGUCUCGCUAUUGUACAGAUUGUUGCAACAUCCAUAUUUUUUAGUGGUAAAAGAGAAAAAAAAGAAGAAAAUGAAAAUCACAAGAGUCUGUCUCUCAAGCUGUAGAAUGGUUUGUAGUUUUAAACUUUUACAGUAUUUUUCCAAUAUGGUGAUGUUGUAAGCGCUCUUAAACCUUGGCCAUAUAAAGGAAGAUGAAAGGAAAGGUCUUCACUCUUCGGCAUUCGAUUUUUUGGAAGUAUUA